AGGAUAGUCACAUGAACUGUGCGACAGGUUUACCACGCGUGUUCGUCUCGGACCAACUUUAGCCAAGUCGGUGGGAACCUGGUGACCCACUGAAUGCCCCGAGGCGGCGUGACAAGUUGGCAGAGGGGGGAAAAGGACACGCAUCACUAUUUUUAAAUGGGUACAGUGAGAUUUGGGGGGCGUGGACGUACCAGCAGCAGCGAGCGUGUUGGCUCUUGGCUGCAGUUCCAGUGUAGUGAUGUGCCGGCUUGAAGAACUGGACUACGCGUAGACGGAGCGGUUGGACGCGUAGCCGUACGGUGGCAGUCAAUCGUCGGGUGCAGACUUAAUCUCAUUUUUAAGCCCGUUUGGCAUUGUUUCGAUAGAUUUCUUCAACGCGUUGCCUAAGCGGUGAAAACGUUUUCUAUUUAAGAGGCAGCAGUUGUGCGUAACGGCCGAAAUCUGGGCGAGCAGCUAUUUGAAUGACAAUAGUUUGAGGUAACUGCUUCCUUAUUUGUUUAAGGAAGCCUAAUUAUUGAAAGUGACUGCGCAUGGUAAGUCACCGUGGGCGAGAACACAAUAUGUUGGAAUGACGUUUAGGAUUUAAAAGCUGCCUCAAGUGAAACUGAAGUGAUAUUCAUUUGUAUAUAUUGACAGGUGUUACAGUCUCACUGACUGUGUCAGACUGAGCCUUUAAUUCACUUACGGCUCUGUUGUUAUGUCUUUAAACACCGCGGACUCCUAAGGCUGGGGAUGGUCACCAAACCUUUGGUAUGGAUUAUCCAAAAAAUGUUUAAUCCAGUUAACUUUACUUUUCUUGAAAGCGUACACUAUCAACCACCUUUAUAAUGCGUUUGAAACGCCAAAUUGGAAAGUAAUUAUCACUUUAGUGUCUUCUCCUCUCCGAGUUGUAGCCGAUCUGGCAACAGCAACAAUGACGAGCAACGGACCUGUCAUCGUCUACGAGUGGCUGAAGACCCUCCAGCUUGCUCAGUAUGUCGAGUCUUUUGUGGAUAAUGGAUAUGACGAUCUGGAGGUUUGCAAGCAAAUAGGAGACCCCGACCUGGAUGCCAUUGGCGUCUAUAUCCCUCACCACCGGCAGAGGAUUCACGACGCAGUGAGGAGGCUGAAAGAGGAAGCCCAAGAGACGGCUAGUGGACUGUACUUCACCCUGGAGCCGAUGCCCCCCGCAGCCGAGAUUUAUACCAGUCACAUGGUGGACCAGUACGAGUCCAAACUGCGGGGAUCCAAGUCAUGGACCGAGCACAACAGUGACCGGGUUGGGCGCAACGGUGGGUACGUGGGCGCGCAGAGGAACCUGACGCUGGGCAACAGGAGGGAGCUGGUGAUUUACCCCAAGCUGAAGCUGAAGAUCAUGAUCAGGGAUAAGCUCAUCAGAGAUGGCAUCAACCUCGGCAAGCCACCCUACUCGAAUAAGGAUGGUUCUCUGGGCAACAUAGAUGACCUUGCCCAGGAGUACUCGGAGUACUACAACACCUGCUUCAGUGACGUCAGCGACCGCAUGGAAGAGCUGCGCAAAAGACGAGUCUCCCAAGAGCUUGACAUGGAGAAACAGGACACCAGCAGCACAUCGCUGCAGCUCCGCACUGAGAUCCAGGAAUCAUUAGGCUUCAGCAGUGAGGUGUCCACUCCAGAAACAGACAGAAAAAUGCCCUUGCACAAAUCUAGCUCUGAAGAUGGAUCUGGAGGUAAAUGGGACAACAAGAAGAAGAACAAAUCUUUUUGGCAGAACUUCCGCAAGUCUCAGCACAAACCAGUAGUGCGUCAGACAUCCAAAGGAGAAGACAUAGGCUAUGUGGCCAGUGAGAUCACCAUGAGUGACGAAGAGCGAAUUCAACUAAUGAUGAUGGUGAAAGAGAAGAUGAUCACCGUUGAAGAAGCUCUAGCUCGGCUGAAGGAGUAUGAGCGCAGCAGGCAGUCCAGCAGUACUGACACUGCAGAGUGGACUGACAGAACUGCGACCAAUCUAAACCAGUCCUCAAACUGCAACUCCCGUGAACAGUCAGACGAUGAGCAAUCGGAGGACUCUGUGAAGUUCAAACGGCUUCACAAGCUGGUUAACUCUACACGCCGGGUCAGGAAAAAACUCAUCAAGGUGGAGGAGGGCAAGAAACACGGCUCUGAAGAUUUUCUGAAUCUGGAGGCACCGCCGACCUGUGAGGACAACACAGCUCUCUAUACAGGGGUUCUAAAGAAGCCCCCUUUGCCCCAGGAGAUCUCUCUGCCCUCCCUCACCCAGGAUCAACAAUCUCAGGAUGGGGACACAGACAGUCUGACCAACUCCCCUUCCUCAAGCAGCCUGGACACCUGGUCUGGACACAAGCUGGUCAAAACCUUCAGUAAAUCUUCCAGUACCCACGGUCUCAUCCGGCCCCCCAAGAGAACCCCAGUUGGCUCCGGGGGCUCUGUCUCUGGUGUGGGAGGGAGUGGCUCAUCCUUCUCAGAACUGGAUGGCUGUGGAUUGGACGACGAAGGAAAGCUGUCACGCUCGACGACUGACGGCGAGAUGCGGAAGGCCUUGAGCUCAAUCUCCCAUGGGAGAACGUGCAGCUUCGGAGGUUUUGACCUGUCCAACCGUUCGCUCCAUGUGGUCAACACAGGCUCGGAUGCCAAUAGUAAAGAACAGGAGGCUAUAUACAGAGAAGUGGUCAAAUCCCCCACUACAUCUCGGAUCUCACUGGGCAAGAAGGUCAAGUCAGUCAAAGAGACAAUGAGGAAACGCAUGUCGAAGAAGUACAGCAGCUCCUUAUCUGAGCAGUCCAGUCCAGAUGGAGCCCCUGGCUCCCCUCAGUCCCCUCAGCCUGACACCGACUCUCUGGAGAAGCCGAAACUUAAGGCCGGAGGCUCGGUGGAAAGUCUGCGUAGUUCACUCAGCGGACAGAGCUCAAUGAGUGGUCAGACAGUGAGCACCACUGACUCAUCAGCCAGUAACAGAGAAAGUGUGAAGUCAGAGGAUGGUGAUGAUGAAGAGCCGCCUUAUAGAGGACCGUUCUGUGGCCGAGCCAGAGUCCACACAGACUUCACCCCCAGCCCCUAUGACACAGACUCCCUCAAACUGAAGCGUGGCGAUGUGAUUGACAUCAUCAGUAAGCCACCCAUGGGAACGUGGAUGGGCCUGCUGAACAACAAAGUGGGCACCUUCAAGUUCAUCUAUGUGGACGUGCUGAGUGAAGAAGAGGAGAAGCCCAAAAGGCCCGUGAGGAGAAGGAGGAAGGGUCGACCACCAAAACCCACAUCAGUGGAGGAGCUGCUGGAGCGCAUCAACCUCAAGGAGCACAUGCCCACUUUCCUAUUCAACGGCUACGAGGAUCUGGACACGUUCAAGUUGCUGGAAGAGGAGGACCUGGAUGAGCUGAACAUCAGAGAUCCUCAGCACAGAGCCGUACUUCUCACCGCUGUAGAGCUGCUACAGGAGUACGACAGCAGCAGUGAUCCAGAGCGCAGCGGCCUGUCGGGCUCCCAAGAGAAACUGCUGUCUGAGGGUCAGGGCCUGGUGGGAGACUCCCCACGUGACUCCGGGUGCUACGAGAGCAGUGAGAACCUAGAGAAUGGUAAGAGCAGAAAGGCUUCUCGUUCCAGUCGUUCUUCAGCAGGCCUCCAGUCUCCAGACUACCCCACCCUGCCCAUGACCCUUUCAACAGAAGCUCUGCAGCAGAACAGCAAGAACCAGCGCUCAAAGUUCCCAAAAAGCUUCUUCAUCAAACCCUCCCUGAAGGGCUUUAAUCUGCUAGGACUGCGCAAAGCCCAGAGACAGUCCCCAAUCCUGGCUAGCCGCAGUUGUGAGGACCUGGAUGGACCCCCACAACCUACUGGACCCUGGAAACGCUCCCACUCUCUGGGUGAUCUGCAAUGGGAGCAGAGCUUUGAGCAGAAGGAUCUGGGUAUGGAGCUUAAACUCACCAAGGAAGGACCCAAAUCAGGCAACAGUAGCCCCAACAAGGUCUGUAGAGAUGAGGGUUCCCCAGCUCGGAAAAGGACUCCAACAGUGAGCCCAAAAGGUAGGGCCGACAGACCACCUGUGCCCUCCCAGCUGCCUCUCCACCCUCCUUGUCGCACAUCCCACUAUCCCUACCCUGCAGAACCUCUCUCCAGUCCUACUCCAAGUCCCCCUGAGUCUAAUGUGAGUGGGGAGAGGGUCACCUGGACUCACCCCAAAAAGCCCCCAGUCCCUCCUCCCGUUCCUGCUAAGAAGUCUAGGGAAAGACUAGCCAACGGCCUACGUCACCCCCCGCUCUCCCUACCCUCCUCACCCUCUCCCACUCCCUCCCCUACUCACUCCCUCACACGUUCUCACCCCAGUAGCCCUAUAAUCCGCGGCAGCAGCCACAGCCCCAGUGCACCUGCUCUGCCUGCCAAGACCCCAAGCACCCCCACCAGCCCCUGUGCCACCUCAUCCGCCUUGUCCAUGGGCGAGGAGUCAGGCACCCCAUCAGCAGUGCAGCCUCCAUGGUUAUCAGAUCUGGGGGGCAAGGUGGCUGUUGCAAGGAAGGUUUCCUAUGCCAAGAUGAGUCCUGACCUGCUCACCCUCCUGGAACAACGGCUGGAGUCUGAGGGCAUCGAUCUUACGGAGGAGCCCUACUCUGACAAGCAUGGCCGGUGUGGCAUCCCCCAACCGCUGGUGCAGCGUUACUCAGAGGACUUGGAUCAGCCUGUCAAAGAGGUGGCCUCCAUAAUGGACCAGUUCCGAGUCAAAGAGCUCCGUAAACAACACCGUAUGGCUAUACCUUCAGGAGGUUUGACAGAGAUGUGCCGGAAGCCUCUGCCCUCGGGUCACAUCAGCACAGUCUCUGAUUGGCUCACCUCCAUCGGCCUGCCCAUGUACACCACAUCUCUGGCGGCGGCGGGAAUUGACAAGCUGAGCCAUGUAGGCUUGUUAACGGAGAGCAGUGUGUGGGAGGCAGGGGUGCGGGAUGAAAGACAUGCCCGCCGACUGGUUAGCGAGGCACGAUUGGUCAGCGCGCACAGAGAGGUGCAGUCCUAACCGUGUUGGUGGAGUCAUGUAAAAUAACCGGUAUCAACUCACUGGUCAGUACCAUCUCAUUUAAACAUGGUCAGUAGGUGACCAAAGGCAAAUUGGCCACAGGACACGACGACCACAGCACUACAGUACUUCCUGUCUCGCACGUGUCAAAAGACUCAUAGUGAGCCACCCUGCUCCCUGAUUUUCUCUCUUAAUAACGCUGUCUUUUCUCAAAUGUUUACGCCAUUGAAGAGUACUACAGCGAGGACAAGAUAUCAAUUGCCUUUAAAAAAAAAAAAAAAUGACUGUACACUCACUCUGUGGGAUGGCUUCCAUUCUGAAGACACCCGAGAAGUCUAAAAAUAAAGACUUGGAUCUGCCUUGAAGGAAGAUUGCACACUCUUUUGUAGGAUGGAUGUUUUUUAAAUACAGAAAAGACAGUUUCUUCCUGCAUAUUUCAUAAGUGCUUCAUUUUCAUCUUUUGUGGCAAGGCAACAUUUAUUUGAGGGUCUUUUAAGGAAAUAGCUCGGCCAAAGCGAUUCACUUCUCAUUCAGCGUUUCAUUCCCUCUAAUAGGUUCUCAUAAUGACGAUGAAAGAAUUCACUUAAUAUCUGGACUUUUAAUUAACUAAAUACAUACACCAAACUAUGAGUAACUGGUGGUUUUGAGAUGGCUUAUUUUGUAUCAUGUUUCUGUAUUAUAGCAUAACACAUAUCUGAAAUAUAAAAUGAUUAAUAUGUUAAAAUUUGUGUUUGCCUUUUGAAUGUUGCAGCCUUAUUUUUGGGGCCACCUCUCAGUCAUUGCUAAGCUGAAACAGCUGACAUCACACCUUUUUAUUUCAUAUUAUACAGUGUGUCCUGUUUCACUGCAUAUGCUGGAUGCACGCCCUGCUCCGAUAUGAAUAUGAGUCUUACAGAAAGCUCUGUUUUACUCCAGUAAUCACAAUCUGCUUUCACAGCAACAAUACAUUCCCUGUGUAUCCAAGCACAUAUUAAGUUGCCUUAUCAUCAAAUAGAACAUAUGUAUAGUAUUAACUAUACCAUGACUAAUGGCUAAAGUGUGCUGACGGUGCAAGCCUUUUUGUUCUGAAUGUGUCUAAGUCUGAGAAAGAGUUGAGAUUUUAUGAACACACAUUCCACCAGAUCAUUUCAGUGGUGCACAUGGAUGUGGACCACGAAAAACAUGCCUCUGAUGGAUUGUGUUGUGGAGCUCAGAUGAUAAACCACAAAACCACAUGUUUAACAUCCCAACUCAUUCACUGUACAUGUUCCAUGCAGCGGGUUGUGGGACUAGGGAGGAAGGAGAAAAUAAAAAUGUUCCAAAGACCCAGCUGACAUCUGGGUUGUCAUAUUUGGAAUUUAUAGAACUGUCUACACUUUGGUUACAGAGUUGAGGAUUUUGAUUUAUAGUUUGAUAAUACGCUGUUUGGGACUUUUAAAUCAUAGUCUAUCGUAGCUAUAAUCAAUGCUGGUCUGAAAUUCUUAAAUGGACUUUUGCCAAACACACUGAGAAUAGAUAGUAUGAACAGUUAUAUCAGGUGAUAGCAGACCUCCAAGGUCAGCAUACACUAUGACACUAAAUAAGUCUUGCAAAUCAGGGAAACACUGCAUAGGGUCAGCCUGUUACAAAAACUAUGGGCCAAAAAGUGAACUGAAAAUAAGCAGGAGUUCUGUCUUUCGUAGAAGACUUAUUCCAUGGAUUUCAUAUUUAAAAAGUGUUAUUGAAAAUCGAGAAUUAGAGGAUUUUUUUUUUUGUGCGGUUGGCAUUUUAUAGAUAGAUGUUUGAUGCCUUUUUUCUCUUCAAUCAAAGUGGUGCUCUGAGAAUGCGAGGAUGGGGGUCGGUAUUAACAAAAAUUAAAAGACUCAUUUAGUGUUUUGUAAAGAAUGAAAAUACUGACACUGUAAAUGCACUUUAGAGGGUAAAUCUAGCUGUCCAAUAGGCAAAAUUGGCUACAUUUUGUUCACGAGUCUAUAAGGACAUUUGUUGUCAGGUAUUAUAAAGGGUUUCAAUGGGUUAUGCUGGUAUUUUAUUUUAGUAUUGAGUUCCCAGUGCCAAGUUUAAUAACCAUUCACGGGUUAACCUAUUCCAGUUAUUCGCUUCACAACAAUAAAUUCUUAAUUACAUAUAUGAAAUGCUUAGCAGAAGUUGCACAUUCUGUAUAUGUAAUUGAUAUUUAAAUAACUUAUUUUUGCUUUUUUUCAUAUCAACUGUAAUUAGCUGUACUAUAUCAAUAGCAAUACCUUCCUGCAUAAUGCAUAUUGCUUUAGCCAGUGAGGAACUACAGUAUGUAUUGUAAAAUAUGUGUACAAAUUAUUUUAUUUGGUUUUCAUCUACCUAAUGAUUGUCCAUACAGAUUUGCUUGUGUAUUGAAACAACAAAAGUAAUGUCCAUAGCUAUUUGUCAUUCUGAAAUAUAAUAAAAACUGUUUCUUGCCAUA